CUCAGCCACACGCAGAGAAAGAGAGAGAGACUGACUGACUCCCAGGCUGCCUGCCUCCCGCCCUCCCUCCUCACACACAUCGACUGGAAACUGACUGGAGAGCAGCGCACAGGGAGAGCCAGCCAUAGACACGCACUGAGGGGAGAGCAGGGACCACCGAGAGACACACACACUAGUCCCAGCCUUGUCCCUCAGAGCUCUUCUUCUCUCGCCCCAGGCUAAUAAAGUGUCCAUGCCCUGGAGCUGCCAGGGCACCUGGAGUGUGUCCCUCCUGCCCAAGGGGCAAUGUGUGGGGGCAAGUAAAUGCAGAGAGCAGCAGCAGAAUCCCUGUGCUAGCCUCCAUCCUGUGUUGGCGCCUGAGAUAAUGCACAAGAAGAUGCUCCGUGACAAACUGCUGUCUGCCGAAAGAUCACCUACAGAGAAAUAAAAGGCACUUCUCCCGCUGUCACCAGCCCUGCCGAAUCGCCAUCAAAUCAGUUGCUUAUUGAGGGUCUCACCCAAAAAUAAAGGUGACUGAAUUAAGCAGUUUCGGUGGUUUCCCCCCUCUCUCCCCUCCUACCCCCUUCCACCUACCCUCCUCAGAGAUGUCCAAUAUGAACACUAAUGUCUGCGUGGAGAAUGGACAGAACCCCGAGGCUGCCGUGCUCCCCAAGGAUAACCUGGUGGAGGGGGCUUUGAACAGCCUCAUGGAUUACAAUUCGGAAAUGGAGAGGUAUAGGUCCUUUGCUACCUUUUACAAAACCAACGGUGCGUUCCCUCAGGCUGCUAAGAUUGCCAGGAUCACCACUCCUAUCUUCCCCAGUGCCCGGAUUGGCAUGUCUCCUUGGAACUGUGAUAAUGCAAUGCUUUGGGGAAGGAAAUCAGCAGCUAUCAACCCUAAUAGGACCAGCAUGCACAGAAACGACUCCCAAAGGCUGGGGAAGCCUGGCGGAGCGCCAGAGUCGUUGCAAAUGGCAAAUAAUAAUUUCCUUUCCACCUUAUCCCCUGAACACUGCAGACCUUUGGCAGGGGAAUGCAUGAACAAGCUCAAAUGCGGCGCCGCUGAAGCAGAGAUAAUGAAUCUCCCUGAUCGCGUUGGAACUUUUUCCGCUAUUCCGGCUCUAGGGGGCAUCUCAUUACCUCCAGGGGUCAUCGUCAUGACAGCCCUUCACUCCCCCGCAGCAGCCUCGGCAGCCGUCACAGACAGUGCGUUUCAAAUUGCCAAUCUGGCAGACUGCCCGCAGAAUAAUUCUUCGGGAGCCGGCGGGAACCCUGCCAAGAAGAAGAGGAAAAGGUGUGGGGUCUGUGUGCCCUGCAAGAGGCUCAUCAACUGUGGAGUCUGCAGCAGUUGCAGGAACCGCAAAACAGGACACCAGAUCUGCAAAUUUAGGAAAUGUGAAGAGCUUAAGAAAAAACCUGGCACUUCACUAGAGAAUAACAGACAGUUACUAUAGCAUGCAAUGUACAAGAGAACACCGGUCCCCAGCGCCGAAGCAUUCCGAUGGUUCUUUUAGGCAGAUGUAUAUCAUAUUUUCAAGGCACUCUGAAGUGAUUGACAAGCACUGGUCUUAUUUUGGGAACUGCUAAGUCCAUGACUGAAGAAUAUGCUGAGACACUAUUUUCAUUUUGUGUACAGGGGUUUCCUCAAAAGAAAACAAUGAAUAAUGUUAAAAAAAAAAAGGAGGAAAAAAAAUAAAAGCAAAAGACAAAAAAAAAAAAAAAACACAUCACUAGAGCCUGGCUGGUUUACUUACUUUUAGUACACAGGUUCUUUCUUUAAUGUACUUUAGCUAUAAUUAACAGUGAAAUUGUUGUCUACUUUAAAGUGACUACAAACAGAGAUUUGGGUAAACCCCUGCUGUAAUAUGAUGUAUCUUUGAGAAAUUAACAUAUCUAUACUUCAUUUCCAAAUAUGUGUUUCAGUACUGUAAACUGUACAGAUAGCAGCUUGUAUUUUGUGUGUUUAGACACAAGGAGACAAUCACGUCUGAGCAUCUAUAUGAAGAUUAACAGUUCGUAAGCAGCAGCGUGGUUCUGCAACUUAAAUCCGGAGCAAUAAAUUCUAGCUUUAAACAUUAUUUCGCCAGCUGGAUAGUCACAGAAGCAACAGCACUGUUUUUUUUAUUUUUGUAGUUUUUACCUUACUUAUUUUUUGUCCUUUUUUUUGCCAUUUUUAAAUUUUCAUUUGACAUACAUACUGUACAUUCCCAGGAAAUAAACCUGCAAUUGCAAAAUGUAAAAAAGGAAAAUUGUCAUCCACACAUUGACUAUUGUCAAAAAGUCAACUGUGAGUGUCUUCUAUCCGUCCUGGCAAUAUUUCCAUGUUCCUGAGCCCCAUCUCCUUUUUAUGUAUCCAAGGAGCAAUUCAUCCAUUCUGACCUCGUUAUGGGUGUUACUAAGAGGAUAUCCCCAGCAGCACUUACCACAGAUGACCCACUUUUCACUGCUUUGUAGACCAGAGUAAAAGCAGCAUAUGGUAUUGUAGUUUGUCCAAUCGGACCAGUCUUUUGAAUUAUUUGUUCAGGGAAACAGAAGUGUCCUGUGACCAUGUAACUGAGUACAUGCCUUCUGGUUAGGUUUUUCUAUAGUAACUGUAAACACUGUAAAAUAUAAAUGCAUUCUCACUGUAAUGACAAGAGAAAAACAUGCAUAUAGAUAUAUAAAUAUAUAUAUAUAAAUAUAUUUCUGUAUAUAUAGGUCAUGUCCAAUACAGCCAGGCAACUCCAGACUUGAAGAUUUUUCUGAAGGAUCUAAAUAUAAAACUUUAUUCAUUGCAGGGGUGGAUUGAGCCAUCAGGCUAAUGGGCAGGGCCUGACGCCUCUGCAGCUGAGAAUAUGGCCCUUAGGCCCAUAUUCCCCUGUACACAGAAGAUAAGUCCAGCAAUGGUUCCUGCUUAAAGCUGUUAAUGAAUUACUUUGUGCUCCACCUUAUCACUUGCUGUGUAUAGCACAUUACGCGAUAUCAUUAGUCUAGGGCGUAGACCUCAGUCUGCUCGUGAUCUAAUACAUAGCGGUAUUUUGUUCCUCAAUACCAAAUAAAAGCUUCUAUACUUAGCUUUGUAUUGAAAGUCCCAAAAAUAUCUGCCAGAGGAUGCCUUGUCAGUUGUAUAACUCCAAAUCUGGAAUUGCCUACCCCAUUUUGUUAUACUCUAUUCCAUGAUAAAAACCGUUGCAUUACCUUGUGUCAUUUUCAUACUUGUGUAGCAAUUUAUGGUACUUUUUUAUGUUAUAGUCCUACUGAACAGCACCAAUCUAAAAGCCCCUCCAGCAGAUAAAUAUUUUUACCUAAUGUUUUAGCUAUGUAUGUAUCUUAUAAGUGAGUCUUGAAUGUUUUAAUUUUGUGGGUUUUUUGUAAUAAAUGUUUAAAAAUUCCAUUGAGUAGAUCUAAAAUACCUAGGUAGCUUUAAAGACUCAUACGAAAUGACUUCAUCCGGUUAGCCACCUUUACCAACUUGAACAGGAUUUUUUUUUUGUGACUGUUUAUCCAAUACAAGAGGGAGUAUCAUUCUGCUAAUAGUGAUCAGACACAAGUAAAGCCUUGUUUGCACUUUGACGAGUACAUUUUCUUAGCCUUCUAAAAGGUUGUCAUUUCUCUAUCCGAGAUGUAAAAUUAUUCAGUUCAAGGUACAAUAGCUACAGUUCUUUUUACCAGUGUGCACACUGUCUGAUACCCUAAUGUUGCAUGUCUUUGUGUGCUUUCUUUUUUAAAGAGCUGGUUUAUCUAUAUAUUGUAACUGUGCUGCUUACAUGUCCAAUCCAUUCAAAGCUAUACAUUACAGAGAAUGAAGAAAGAAGGUUUACUGUAGUGCUAAUGCCGUAAUUCUUCUACAUAAAUUUGUGUUAUCAACCUAGAAGAUAUGUUGUGUCAGAAUUAUAUUUUAGUGUUUGUUUGUUUUUGUCAUUUCAGUUUUUAUAGCUUUUUUUUAUGAGUAAGUGAAGUGUAAAGUGAAAUUCCACUCCUUUUGAAGUUACACUAGGUUAUAUUCUACAUAGCAUAGCUUCUAUGAGUUAUGUACAGUAUAAUCCGCUAGAAGAAAUGGUUGCAUAGGGCCUAUUCCACAAGGGGUUGGAUGAUUGUCCAGAAUUACCAAAUGAAGCCCAUAAGCAAGAAUGAAGCUGUUUCUAGGCAAAAACCAUACCCUUUUUCUCUAAUCUCAUGCAACCUCUUUAAGAGCUCAUGCACACAAAUGUACAAUGAUAUAAAGCUGUUUGGAGCCUUAAAGGGGUUUUCCGCUUUUUA